GUUAGGUCCAUGCAACCAAAACCACACACACACAGAUGGGGUUUGAUUUUUCUGGAAUGUAUAUAUGUUACGUUUUAAGUAAAUAAUAUAAAUUUGCAAAUUCUCAGCUAGAUUAGUAUGGAGAACAUUAUGAAAUGCAGUGUUAGUUUUAGUUAGUUUUUAGGCAAUACAAACGAACAAUGUCUGAUAGUAAACCUCGUUACGAUGUUGAGAUGAAAGGAUGGUUGAUGAAAUGGACAAAUUAUAUUAAAGGUUAUCAAAGAAGAUGGUUCGUUUUGUCCAAUGGAUUAUUGUCGUAUUACAGGAACCAGGCUGAGAUGGCCCACACUUGCCGAGGGACGAUAAGUCUUCAUGGGGCUCUAAUCCAUACAGUUGAUUCGUGUACCUUUGUCAUAUCAAAUGGCGGUACACAGACAUUCCAUAUUAAGGCAGCGAAUGAGGUGGAAAGGCAGAGAUGGGUUACAGCACUGGAACUGGCUAAAGCCAAAGCUAUUAGAGCCAUGGAAUCUGAAGACGAGGAAGAUGUUGAGUUCGACCAAGCCCAUAAGCGAGAGAUGGAGUCCACGAUUAAGUGUCUCAACAGUCGUCUAGAGGACCUGCAGACAUAUAACGAACUCAUCAACAAACAUGGCAGUGCGCUGCAGCGCUCUCUCUCAGAUCUCGAGUCCCACGACAAUGCCCAAGAUGUGACCACUAAAAUGAAAGCGAUCAAUGAACGUGCAACACUUUUCAGAAUUUCAUCAAAUGCCAUGAUUAAUGCAUGCUCAGAAUUCUUGGAGCUGGCCCAAUCACAGGGUCAUAAGUGGCAGAAGAUGUUGCAGCAUGAACAAGACCAGAGGCAGCGGCUAGAGGAGAUCAUUGAACAAUUGGCGAGGCAGCAGAACAUCCUGGAACAGGCAGCCAAGACUCAUCAACUGCAAGCCAGUUUGUCAGCUUCUUCAGAUGAAGAUGAUGAUGAAGCAAUAGAGUUUUAUGACGCUGAAAGUGAACAGAAAAGUGGUCCACUCUCAACUGUAACAUUAUCCAAGGAAAAGAAGUGUGAAAAGACAACCAAAUUAAAAGUUCAGGCCAUGGAAGGAUUGAAUGAGGAAGCGUCCCCGUCCAGCAGUGAUGUGGAAGAGGUGGGAGGUGAUAAAAGUAACUCUCAGCAACCCCAGAACAAAAAGAGAGGCCUCAUAAGUAACUUCUAUCACACUGGAAAAAAUAAAGACAAGCGAUCAUCCCCUAAAGGGAAGAAAGCAGUGCCUUCAACACCGUUGGAUUCUACGAAGUGUCAGAGCUCGAACGAGCCGCUACCAAGCUGCUCAGCAGCAGGAACUGAAUCGCAGCCUCUCACCCCUACACAAGCCUUGUGUCACUCCAUUGCACGGCCUGGCGUGAGGCGCACUAGAGUCCCAGACCGACCUAACUGUUCCCUCAACCUCUGGAGCAUCAUGAAAAACUGUAUUGGAAAAGAACUUUCCAAAAUACCGAUGCCUGUCAACUUUUCCGAGCCAUUGUCGAUGCUGCAGCGACUCACUGAAGAUUAUGAAUACGCAAGUGUUUUAGACCGUGCUGCAGAAUGCGCAGACAUGACAGAACAGCUGGCUUAUGUGGCAGCUUUCACUGUCUCUAGCUACUCAAGCACAGUUAACCGAACAGGGAAACCAUUCAACCCUCUACUGGGCGAGACGUAUGAGUGCGAUCGCCGUGAUGAUCUGGGUUGGAGGGCUAUCUCAGAACAAGUAUCUCAUCAUCCUCCUAUGGUGGCUCAGUAUUGUGAGGGGAAGAAGUGGACCUGUUGGCAAGAGUUCACAAUGACGUCAAAAUUCCGUGGAAAAUAUCUGCAAGUGACACCCAUGGGAACUGCGCAUUGCCUUUUCCCAGAAACAGGUAACCACUACACUUGGAAGAAAGUGACAACCACUGUCCAUAACAUAAUCGUUGGCAAGUUGUGGAUAGACCAGCAUGGAGACACAGAGAUACUAAAGCAUCCUGAUAAGACCAAGUGCAAGUUGACAUACAUACCCUAUAGUUACUUCACCAGGGAUGUACAGCGGAAAGUGACAGGGUGUGUUACGGACGGAGCUGGGGUGGCUCGUUGGGCAAUCAAAGGUACUUGGGAUGGACAAAUCGACAUCGCACCCAUCACAGCUAAUGAUGGCACUCCUGAGAAUCCAGUAUACAAAACAGGGAGUUACAUUACUGCCUGGAAAAGAACAGACCCACCGGCUGACUACGACAAGUAUUACAACUUCACUUUGUUGGCUUGCCAACUGAAUGAGAUGGAGGAGGGUAUCGCUCCCACAGACUCUCGCCUGAGACCAGAUCAGAGGCUAAUGGAGGAGGGUAGGUGGCAGGAUGCGAACCAGAUCAAGCAAAAACUGGAGGAGAAGCAGAGAACAGUGCGCAGGCAGCGGGAGUCUAAUGCCGAGAUUGCAGCUUGUGAUGGGACGCCAUACAUUCCCUAUGAGCCAGUCUGGUUCAAGCAGGAGAUGGAUGAAGUCACCGGACAACCUGCACACUCCUACAAGGGUGGCUACUGGGAAGCUAAGGAGAGACAGGAUUGGUCUAUGUGCCCUGAUAUAUUUUAAGAUUUGUGAUAUUCCUUUUAAAUGCUUGAGCACUAUCUUUAAUUUUUCACUAUUUUGAAAGUAUUAUCGUAAAAAUAAUUUAUUUUAAAUAAUAAUACUGCAAUACUUUUAUAGCUUGUUGUUGUUGCAAUAUGUUGUGUUUGUUGUCAAACGAAUGACAUUUAUCUAGUGCAAUAAUUUUAUUUUGUGAUAAUCAAAUGAGAUUAAUUAUUUGUUUCUCUGCUUAGUACAUUGGUGCUCGAGCUUGCAAAUAAAUGUACAGAGAUUAUAUAGCAUUGAUUAAAGUUGAUAUCCAGUAUUUGUUCCAAUA